AUGGCCGACACGCUUGUAUCUGAACACCCUGACCUAUCUGGCUUCCCAGGCUCUCCUGGGCAGAAACGAAAGCGCGAAUUAGAAAGCCCCAUCCUUGGACGCGCAAAGCGUGCUGCUCCUCCCGCAGCCAUGUCAGCGUCACCGGCGGACACGGCCGCCUUCAUCGAGAACGCCAUCGAGGCCUCGCAGGCGGCCGCGGCCAGUGGCGUCAAUGUUGCAGAUUUCAAUGCCCUCCAGCAGGCCGCCGCUGCGGAUCACACCGACGCCUCGGACCCUUCCAAUGCUACGAGCACAGCUCAGGCUGCCCUGGGCAUGUAUCCGACCCUUCACGUACCGCCAUCAACCGAGGAGCAGUUCUCUGCUCAGGUGGCUGUUGACCCUGACCACGGCCACGGAGACGCAUUCAAACACGAUACCCCUUUUAGCACAGACGUCACACAGCAGACUGAUCCCCUGAUGGACUCAGCGGUCAACCAAAACCUACCACCUCCCCCGAACGGUGUUCAGACUCACCCUCCUCCUCCUCCUCCACACGCUAGAUAUGUCAUCCAGCCUCCUCCGUCUAAUCCUAAGCCGAGUGUCGGAUCAGAGGAAUGGCACAAGAUGCGCAAGGAUAAUCACAAGGAAGUGGAGCGUCGACGUCGCGAGACUAUUAAUGAAGGCAUCAACGAGCUGGCCAAGAUUGUGCCGGGUUGCGAAAAGAACAAGGGCUCAAUUUUACAGCGCGCCGUGAGCUUCAUCACUCAACUCAAGGAGAACGAGCAGCAGAACAUUGAGAAAUGGACGCUGGAGAAGCUCCUCACAGAGCAGGCUAUAACGGAACUCAGUGCAUCCAACGAUAAGCUCAAGCAAGAGUGCGAGAGGCUCUAUCGUGAGCUGGAAACAUGGAAGCGAGUUGCACAGCAAGCUGGACUUGAGCCACCGGCUGCACCAAAGGAAGAG